CCGAGUGAUUUCGAUAGUGUACCCUGAUAUGGAUCUUACAUUUUGCCGAUUUUGUUACGCAGUACAUGCUGAAAGAGGUGACUGACAGCUCCGAUGGAGCCUCUGCACUACCCAGUCAUUGCACUGGUUAUGGAACAGCUGGUGCCCAUGAGGAAAGUGAGUGCGGACGGGGAGAUCUGUGUGGCAGAGGCGGCGACGAAUGCAUUCGCUGCAAGGAUCUGAGCAGCCGAUUAAGCAGGACGACCCGAAAGCUCCUGGGGUGGACGAGAAGAGUGGGGAUUGGUGCUGCCGCAUCAGGCAGGAUGUUGUGUCCUAAUCGAGCUAAUGCACUCGAGAAGGCGAUUUGCGGUUUUGCCGAAAAUCCUGGAGACAAUUUGAUAGUUUCAAAAUUGGGUACAAGCUUUGAUCUGCUCGCUGCAAUCUUGGCAGGGAAUCACCGGCAACGGCAGAUGAGGAAGAGGUAGACAUCGGGUAGUGGAAGAGCACCGUCGAUCUGGUUUCUCUUAAUGGACUGCAGAUGAGUGACCGAUCUGGCCGGAGUUGGAUUUAGCCGGAAGGCGAGGGAAAAGUAUAUGGUGCACCGCUGCUUGUGGUGCUGCCGGUGCACCGGACG